AACUUUACUAUGUUUCGACUAGUUGUAUUGACCAUUUGUUUCAAUGUUUUAGUUUUUAUUGUUUCUGCUCAAAGUACUGAAACCAUUCUAGCCAAGCUUGGAGCAAAUGCAACAAUACCUUUGCCUGUUUCACCCAAUUAUCGCAGAAUAGUAAAGAAUGCAGACUAUAAAGACGAAGAACACAUUUAUAGAGUUUGUAACGGGAAGAAUAAGAAAACAUGUGGAUUUUGGGAGAAUGUGAAGACGAAGAAGAAGGUUACCGGAUCAACGAAUUACAAUAAAAAACAAAAAGCGCUAACUGUGAAAAAUCUGAAGGAAUCUGAUUUUGGAGAUUAUAUGACUGGAAAUAAGAAAGUCGUCAAAAAUCUUCACAAAUUGAUUGUGAAAGGAUAAAGUUAAUAUUUUCAAUAAAUAUCUGUUGCAGUGAGACU